AUGCCCAACUCACGAUUUGAUAAAGGAGAACGAACUAAAAUAAAUAAUGCUCAAGAGAAGAGUAACAGUUACGCAAGUAUUGCAGCGUCUGUAAUGAGCUCGAAACGUGAGUGGCCCAUCUUAUUACGUUGCGUAGGUACUUUAAGUUUGGAAGAAAAAAACGCUCUGUAUGAUAUUCCAUACCAUAAGAGAAGAUUACUGGCCGGAAAUUGGACGGCAGCCACCGUCGAAAAUCCUCUUUUUUGCCAGCACGUCUUAGCUCUUAGGAAGGGAUUCACCACGGUGCAUGACUCACUCAAUAGGUUACGAUACAAGGAGGCAGGAGGAGAAGGCUGCAGCCGGCCGCAGCGCGGUGCCAGCCGGGGAGUGCUCCUGCUCAGCCACGGCCAGAGCGACAUGGACGGCAAGGCGGUGGGCCGCGUCCUCUACCAGCAGACUGUGCUCCAAUGGGAAGAGCUCUUCUCCGUUCUGGCGGGCAUCAAGGACCACGUCGUCUUCGGCCGUUCUUGCGGCGUCGGCAGCGUCCUCAGUUCGGUCGACGCUGUCUUCUACUUCGGCCCGGACGGUGUCCUGGACAAGUUCAACCAGAGCUCCCUAUACUUCUCUUUUACAUAUCCCAUGGCAAGGAUGGAUGAGGAGCCCUUGAUCGAUAAUGACAAAUUUGUUUUUGAAACGUUUCACCAAGUUCUAGAUUCUUCACAAACUAAUGACACGAUUAGAGAAGGAUUAAUGAGUAAAGUUCUGUUUGUUCUUUACUUGACAUCUGCUGCUCUUGCUGGUUUGAAAUAUCCGAACAAUGAAACCAUGAUAUAUGAAACUCAACAUUUUUUAAGCAGGGAAACGUCAAAUUUUACUAAACACCUACAAAGUUUCUAUUCCGACGAAGAUACAGUCUUCUUAUCAGUCCCUCACUGGUCAAUCCUGAAAGAACAAAAUCCGAAACUGAGUGUAUUUGGUCGAGGAACUUCGAGAAACCCAUCAACGACCAUUGAGCUAGCGGAUGUGUGCCCAUUACUGGCAGUGCUGCUAGGGAUUCCGAUACCUCAAGAAUCUGUUGGCCGACUUCCCCUCUCAUACCUAAAUAUGUCUCAAGAAGAAGAAGCGAAAGCGCUUGCGUGUAAUGCUUUACAACUUCAUCAACUGGUAUUUCCACCAGAAUCCUCAUACCGGAAACAAAGCAUCUCCACUAUUAUGGACUACAUAAAUAAAAAGCAAUAUGCUCAGAGCAUGCUGUUCAGCGAACAGAUGAUCAAGAUAAGCCAAUCAUAUCUUCAUAGAUCCCAACAGACAUUUGACAGAAUUAUUUUUUCUAUAGUGAUAAUAUCACUGGUUGGAUGGAUUUUGCUCUUGAUAACUGUGCCAAUGAUCGGUUCUUCAAGUUCAGUUCAGAUACCAAGAAGGUCAUCAUUUGCUAUUUUAAUAACUUUUAGCACAGUAGCUUUAUUCGAGAUAUUUUACGUCACCUUGGAGUUGGAUGAUCCGUUGAUAUACAUAACGUUCAUGCUCUUGUCACUGCUCCCGUGGAUAUUAGUAUUCAUCAGAUAUUUAGUCCUCGACGUGCAGCCCUUUGUGUCCGAACCAAUGAUGUCAGUUGAGCAGCUAAUAAAUCCAGCGAGGAGCUAUUGGAACGGGGUGAUUGUGGUGAAAAGAAAGCUAGGACUAUUUGCAAAUGUGGGUAUAAUGCCCAUUGCGGAGGAGGAAGUGGAAUAG